AUGGAUAAGUCAGUCUUGGAGGUUUUUCACAAGUUUGACUCAGAUGGCUCCGGUGCUAUCAGCCGAGAUGAGCUUGGGGAGGUCCUGAAGUCUCUCCAAGAGGAGCCAUGGGAGGACGAUCAGAUUGACGCCUUGCUGACUGCGGCGGACGCCAGCGGCGAUGGCGAAUUGCAAGUGGAGGAGUUUGUGAAGUGGGUCUUCGCCACAGAUCAGGAGAUCUCUGAGACCGUCAAGGGCACCUAUACCAUCAAGGUCUCAGGCUGCUCGCGGGAGGAGUUCAACGGAGAUUACGUGCAACAAGAAGGAGAGUUUUACUACCGCAGGCCGAUCUUCUUUUGUGCCGAGCAGGAGAAAUACCUCUUCUACCACGGGAAGAGGGAACAGUGGCAGAUCUUUGGGAGGACAGGCAGCAAAGCCUCCUGUCGCUUAAAGACCACGCGUAGCGUCACAGUGCCGGGAGAAGGGAUGACAUGGGCCGUGUGGAAGGCCAAGAAGGAUAGUCUCUUGGUCUUUCCAGAUGAAACUUUUUCAUGUUUUGUUUUAUCGUUUUUUUUUCUCGAGGAGCUACUGCGGAAGGCAGAGGAUUGCGUGAAAUUCGACGAGAUCUACUUCAAGAAGGUAGAUGGCCAAGUCUUAGGCGAUCGUGCAGUUUACCGCCAAAAGAAGGGAGAGGAUUGGGCCGAUAUGUACCUCUUCUAUGAGGGCCCUGAGACUCGUUGGAAGCGUGGCACGGAGCCCAAGAUCGGCGAGCCCUCCUUGAACGUCUCCAGGGUCACCGAUGUGCCCUCCCCAGAGCUCGCGAUUUGGAUGGACGAGAUGUUCGGCGGGCGCAUUGACGUCAUCGCUGUGGACACGGAUGGGUUGCCUAAUACUGUGCACAAAGGCUUGAAGCUGAAUCGCAGCAUUCCAGAGGGAUGGCACGACCCCGAGUUCGAACACAACAAAGCCUCCAUUGGAACCAAGGCCUCCAAGAGCUUCUUGGCUUUGACUCAUAUGGGUUCUGCCGCAUGGCACCGAGCCUUGGCAUUGCAUCCUGCUCCCGUGCUCUUCGCCGAUGUGGCACCGUCAGAUGUUUGCCAAGGGCGAGUCGGCAACUGUUGGCUGGUCGCAGCGAUCUCUGCAGUCGCCGAGUUCCCCAAGUACCUCAAGGGCAGCGUCUUCAUCACCAAAAAGGUCUCCAAGGAGGGAAAGUAUAUCGUGAAACUCUAUGAUGGGCGAAAGUUCAGCUGGGUGGGCAUUGAAGUGGAUGAUUAUUUGCCUUGCACAUCCUGGGGUGGAGACACUCCAUCACUCCUCUUCGGGAAGAUUAGUGAAGGUAAGCUGUGCUGGCCGAUUCUUGAGAAGGCCUUUGCAAAGCUCUAUGGCAGCUACUCCCAGCUGAGUGGUGGUUACCAGUGGGUGGCCUGGCACCACUUGACAGGCUGCAAGGAAUUCUUCAUGUUCACGCACAAGUAUGGUGUGGCGGUAAGAUGGGUGGUGGCCACCAGCGCUGGCAUCCCCGUCUAUUCCGACAAGAGACCAAAGAUAAGCCAACAAAACAGGGAGGGCGAGAGGGAGAAAGAUUCAGUUGACACAUAUUUGCAGAUCGUCUUCGUUGUCUUCGUAAUUGUCUUCGCCUUGCCCAAGGAGACCGAUUGUGGCAUGGUCCACAAACACGCCUACAGCUUGCUCCAUGCGGUGGAGAUUGGUGGCUUCAGGCUGGUGGCCUGUCGAAACCCUUGGGGCACCGACGCAGAGUGGAAUGGCCCCUGGAGCGACCGGAGUGCGGAGUGGCGGGCGCACAAGGACAUCGCCGAUGCCUUGAAGGUGGAUUUCCAGACGGAUGGCAUUUUCUGGAUGGAUUACGAGGAUUGGCAGUUCAUCUUCGGACAAGUCAGAGUCAUGAACUGCCAAAUGCCCUCUACACGUGGAGCCUUUAAGAACACCUUCGUGGACACUGACGAAGACGGAGACGGAGAUGAUACAGUCAUCAUUCAUGACGAGGCAGCUUGA